ACAGUUAUCAUCAUAGUAGGAUAUUCAAGCAUUUAUCAUACUUUUUAUGUUUCUACUUUACAGACAUGCAUUUUCAUUACAGUUGAAGUCGGAAGUUUACAUACACCUAAGCCAAAUACAUUUAAACUCAUUUUUUUUUCACAAUUCCUGACAUUUAAUCCUAGUAAAAAGUCUUAUGUCUUAUGACAUGAUAUAACUUUCUGGAAUUUUCCAAGCUGUUUAAAGGCACAGUCAAUUUAGUGUAUGUAAACUUCUGAACCACUGGAAUAAUGAUACAGUGAGUUAUAAGUGAAAUAAUGUGUCUGUAAGCAAUUGUUGGAAAAAUGACUUGUGUCAUGCACAAAGUAGAUGUCCUAACCGAAUUGCCGAAACUAUUUUUAAUGACUCCAACCUAAGUGUAUGUAAACUUCCGACUUCAACUGUAUAUUGUUCUCAAAAUUUGUAGUAGACAAACCAGAUGUAAAAUCUUGUCACGACCGUGUGGGGGAGAGACGGACCAAGGCGCAACAUGACUUGAAUACAUCUUCUUUUAUUUACAACGACGAAGAUGAACACGUAACACUUAUACCAACUAACAAAAAACAAUAAACGACCGUGAAGCUAAUAAACGUCGUGCACAUACACAGGCUACAAACGUUCAGACAUAGACAAUUACCCACAACAAACUAAAGCCUAUGGCUACCUUAAAUAUGGCUCCCAAUCAGAGACAACAGAAAUCAGCUGUCUCUAAUUGGGAACCCAUUCAGGCAACCAUGGACUUUCCUAGACAACUACACCCAACAUAGACACAGCUAGACAUAUUCACUCAACACAAACCCAUACACUACACCCAACACCCCCUUUACCAUAUAACCACCCAAAACCGACAAAACACAAAACAUUCCCCCAUGUCACACCCUGACCUAACUAAAAUAAUAAAGAAAACAAAGAAUACUAAGGCCAGGGCGUGACAAAUCUAUAGGUUUUACAAAUGUUUACGUGAUCAUCAAUUAAAAGCAGUCAGAUUAAGUUAGAGUAAAAUGUAUUUUAACAAAAGACAAGUCAAUCAUAUAAAAAAUUAUGUGAUAAUUGUACUGUGAAAAGCAAUUACUUUAUUUAAAAAAAUCUUAAUGUAUUUCUAGAUGAAACACUGAUGUAUUUUGGUGAAAAGUGACUGUAUAAUUUUGUGUUGUGUUUGAAACAACUGCCUCUUUGAUGAUCUGUUUUGAGUUUUGUACUAAGAGUUGUGAAAAUGUACAAUAUACUGUACUUUGCACCAAAGUGAUAAAAACUGUACCAUAAUAAUAUGUCUUCUGUACAGGCACAAUAGUUGAGACUUGUCCCUCGUCUCCUAUGUUUCUCCCAGCCAAACCAGAAGCCAAGCCAAAAAAGGCUGUGAGGAGGAGAACUAGGAAGAACCUGAAGGACGGGAGCACUGGCAGCUGCUCUACAGACACUGAAGAUCCUGCUUGUACCAACGUGAAGGAAAAUGUUAAGGCAAGGAAGCCCAAAAGACGCAAGAGCCAAUCCCAUCAGACAAAAGACAGCAAGGACACUGCCAAGGCUCCAGCCAAUCACAGAGAUGACAGCAAGGCCCUGGUUAAUGAGAGAGAAGACAGCAAGGGGUCAGGGUUCACAGGUGAGUACGAGGACCUAUCCCUGUCUGGCCCAGAGAACAGAACACACCAGAAAAAGACCAGACAAGUUAAGAAGACCCCAGAGAAAGACAAAGACAAUGCCAAGACCCCACAAAAAGAGUCCAAUAACAUAGUCAACAUCUCUGAUUCAUUGCAGGAUGAGGAAGCUCUGAGUAAGCAGAACUGGAAGAAAAAUAAGGAUUUGGGAUCAAAUGGGAAAAGCAGAAAGGGGGAAAGACUGAAGGACUUCUAUGAAGAAUGUAUGGAAAUGAGCACUGGGCUGGACCUGAGCCCAAACAAACAGCAAUGGUUCAAGGCAAACAGUGAGUAA